AUGACGGACGUCCGGGGCUUGAGUGCACACCGCCGGCUGUUGGAGGUGCUGCAGGUGGAGCUGGAUGCGGCAACGACACGUGUGAUGGUCACACCGGUGCUGGGCCGUGUGCCGGUCAAGCAGGGCGACCUCGAUGCUUUGCAAGUCAGGCUGCACGACAUCACGGGGCCCACUCCGGUCGUGGUGUGUGGCACCGCCCCACUGCUCAAGCGGGCUGACGAGGCGGCUGGGGGCGAGCGGCAAGCGGAGGGUGCCAUGCCUGCUUUGAGCGGGCAGCAGGUGACAUUGCUGCUUGUGAAAGUCGAGGUGGACGACCCUGCCACUGUGGAGCUGGUUCGGUGCAAGGUCGCUGCACUGGAUGUCGGCUGGCUGUGGAACAAGCUACCUUGCCACAAAGCAGCAGGCAGUGCUAUGCACCAGGUCGACAUGGUGGGCCAUGUGUAUGUGGCCACCGACAGCAGCAAUCUGGCUGGAUGUCGGCAUGUGGCAGACAUCAUGGAGGAGUACUACAUCGACAAAUACAAUGCCCUGGGACCGCACGGCUACAAUAUCGUGCCUGGCGCGCCACUUGAGUUGAGCCCUGUCCAGUACGGCAGCCAUCCACUAACACAACAGUACGUUCAAUCCUUCCGCUUCCAAACCGAGUAA